AUGCGAUCAGCUCCACCAGCCAUCCUAAAAGCCCUCAAUCUCCACACCGAUCCCACGAAGUGCACACUCGACUCGUCCGGUCUAGGCUCAGGCUUCACAAGCACAGGCGCACUCCUUGCCACGAUAACAAACGAAGAUGGCACCGAAGAACAGCACAAAUACUUCGUCAAAACCUCCAAAGAUGGCGUCGCUGCCCAAGAAAUGUUCCACGGCGAAUAUGAGUCUCUAAACGCAAUCGCCAGCUCCGUGCCAGGCUUUUGUCCACGCGCACUAGCUUGGGGCCCACUAGAUGAUAAAAAGACCUACUUCCUCGCAACAGAGUUCCUCGAACUCGGAGGCGCAAUGGGUCGAACCUCAAGUGACGAGACGAACCCCACGAGCCUUGCGUACAGGCUGGGCAAAUUGCAUACGACGCCUGCGCCGGCGGACCCUAAGACUGGUCGGCCGCGGUAUGGGUUCCCUGUACCGACUUUCUGCGGCGAUACGAAACAGCCGAAUACAUUUCACGAUAGCUGGGCCGAGUUCUACGCCAAUGAGCGGCUGUUGACUAUCCUCGCGUCAUCUGAGAAACGGAAUGGUCGUGACGCCGAUUUGCGCGCACUCGUUGAGCAGACUGCCCACGUCGUCGUACCGCGCCUGCUUGGUGAUGACUAUCUGGGGUAUAAUUCCCGGCGCGAGGGGCAGGGCAUUCAGCCUGUGGUCGUGCACGGCGAUUUGUGGAGCGGAAACGCUGAUCGAGGCAAGAUCGCGGGGACGGGCCGGGGGGAGCAGGUUGGAGAUGUGGUGUAUGACCCGUCUGCAUGCUAUGCGCAUAAUGAGUUUGAGCUGGGUAUCAUGCAUAUGUUUGGUGGUUUUGGGGCGCGGUUUUUCGAGCGAUACCAUCGCGUUGUGCCCAAGACUGAGCCGGUGGAGGAGUACGAUGAUCGGGUGAGGUUGUAUGAGCUGUAUCAUCACUUGAACCACCAUGCGAUUUUUGGUGGUGGAUAUCGCUCAGGAGCCAUGUCGAUUAUGAAUAAGCUUGUUCGGAAGUACACCGAUAGCCGCUAA